ACAGAGUUCUGACAGUUGGACUUUUAGCCACUGAGACUCAGGAUAUGAAGGAUUUCUGAUGUCUCCCCUUUUUGCCUCAGGAGUUAGCAGCACUUCUUCCAUGUGGGCAGCCACCAGGGCAGGCUACUCGAGUUGAGAGAGAAUUGUGCCUUUGAACUCCAUGGCAUAUUCAUCCUCUAACAGUGACACAGAGGACUGCAGCUCCAAAUCCACUUCCAACCUGAGCCUCUCCGUGGGCCAUUUCCCCUGUGAGGACACAACCUCCUGUGAGGACACAACCUCCUGUGAGGACACAACCUCCUGUGAAGAUGCGCCCUCCAAGGGUCCUUCCAUCCACUUCCUCCCUCCCAUCCAAGGGAGAUGGGGGACAGAAAUGAUACGGAGACCCAGGAAAAGACAAGACCAAAUUGAGGACAAACCAGAGCAGUUUUGCAAACUAAGCAUCCUCCUGGCCUGGGAUGUGGACGUCGGCUCUGACAACACAGACUCAAUAGCUAAUAGCCUUCUAAAUGGCGACAACCUGUGGAUCAACAAGUUCCCAAAAGAAACGACAAAACUGUCUGUCAGCAAACUGGAUAAUCUUGUGCAAGAGUUUCAGACAUUUCUAGAAAACCUGAAAGAUGCUGAAGAUGAUGACGCUGUGUUUCCUGAAACUACUCAGAACGAUUUCCGACUGUCCAGAGGCUCCCCUCUGGAAAUGGCUCAGAUGAUAAGUGAGGCAACUGCCAGCCAAAGGACAAUUGCUCCAGAGAUCUCCUCAAUCCUGUCAGAGCAGUCAGAGAAGGACGACACUCCUUCCCACACACGGACCCCGUGCUGUCUUGGGUGGGCCUUCAGCUGGCUGAGGCAGCAUGUCCUCUCCUCUGUGCUGAGGAGGGAGCACCCUGUAAAGGCCACCAAGCGUCCCUAUCGGCCAGCACUAAGGAAAAGAUGCUUUCACAGAAGCAAGAGAAUUCAACCUCAAGAAACCCUUGAAUUAGAACAUCCCAUAUAGACAGAUUUUCAAACUUUUUGGAAAGUUUAAAAUUAUCUAUAAUAAGGAUUCCAUUAGUAAUACCCAUCAGUUUAUUUUUUCCUCAAUAAACAAAUGUUCUUGUUACCC